GGGGUCGGCGUCGGCAGGCAGCCAGAGAGGAGUCGGGCGCUGGGGAGGCCGCCGCCAUCCUCGUUCCAUAGUGUUCCUCUCCAAAACGCCACUGGACUCAGGCCCAGUUCUGGGAUGACUGUGGAGAUCCCGAUGUUUCCAAAUGUACAUCCUGGUAACCCGUGGCUGCUUCAACCACUGCCCGUUUUGCUGCUGCUGGCUUCUGCAGACAGAGGAGCUGCAGGUCUCCCGAAGGCUGUGGUGAGCCUUGAGCCCCCAUGGAUCAACGUGCUGCAGGAUGAUUAUGUGACUCUGAAGUGCCAGGGGGCCCAUACCCCUGAGGACAACCCCACUCAGUGGUUCCAUAAUGGGAGCCCCAUCCCGACCCAGGUCCAGCCCAGCUACAGCUUUAAGGCCCAAAACAAUGACAGUGGAGACUACAGGUGCCAGACGGGCCAGACGAUUCUCAGUGACCCUGUGCAUCUGGAUGUGAUUUCCGGUCAGUGGAGGAAGUUCUGGGGAAG